UGAGAAAAAAGGUAUCUCCUUUGUCUUUGCAGACGUGAGGUCUGAUAAAUUCCUUCACUUGUUGAUUUCCUCCAAUCGGCCGAGAUUGCCGUUCGUCGGGCUUCUUCUUUCCUCGUCAUUGGGUAGUCGCUUUUCUCUUGUUAUGGACUUGAUUGGCUCAUCCUGAUGAUGACGACGGUGAUUGCAUAUAGUUGAACCCAAUUCGGCUUAGGUGAUGGAUAUAUCAAAGUAUUAUCAACUCUUUACUUACUCGGCUCCCGCAUGGGCAAGCUUUAUGGCCGGUGCAUUUUUGGUUCUCACGCUCUCCCUUUCCAUGUAUCUAGUCUUCGAUCACCUUUCUACUUACAAGAACCCUGAGGAGCAAAUGUUUUUGAUCGGCGUUAUCCUCAUGGUUCCUUGCUAUUCAGUAGAGUCGUUUGCAUCACUUGUCAAACCAUCCAUCAGCGUUGAUUGUGGGAUUCUACGAGACUGCUAUGAAUCCUUUGCCAUGUACUGUUUUGGUAGAUACCUUGUUGCGUGCCUAGGUGGGGAAGAAAGGACAAUUGAGUUUAUGGAAAGACAGGGGCGGAAGAGCUUUAAGACGCCACUUUUAGAUCAGGAUGAUGAAAAGGGAACAAUAAAACAUCCUUUUCCUAUGAAUUUGUUCUUAAAACCGUGGAGGCUCAGUCACUGGUUUUAUCAAGUUGUUAAGUUUGGUAUUGUUCAAUAUAUGAUAAUAAAGUCUCUGACUGCCCUCGCAGCUCUGAUUCUUGAAGCGUUCGGGGUGUACUGUGAAGGAGAGUUUAAAUGGGGAUGUGGGUACCCUUAUUUGGCAGUUGUUCUAAAUUUUAGUCAGUCAUGGGCAUUAUACUGUCUGGUUCAGUUCUAUGGUGCAACAAAAGAUGAGCUUGCGCACAUAAAGCCGCUGGCAAAAUUUCUAACAUUCAAAUCGAUCGUGUUCUUGACUUGGUGGCAAGGUGUUGCCAUUGCUCUUCUCUCUUCCCUCGGUUUGUUCAAAAGUUCCAUUGCACAGAGCUUGCAGUUGAAGACUAGUGUGCAAGAUUUCAUCAUUUGCAUAGAGAUGGGUAUUGCUUCCGUUGUUCACCUGUAUGUAUUCCCAGCAAAACCUUACGGUCUAAUGGGAGACCGCUUUACUGGAUCUGUUUCAGUUCUCGGGGACUAUGCAUCUGUCGACUGUCCUAUUGAUCCAGAUGAAAUUAGGGACAGUGAGAGACCAACGAAGGUCCGCCUUCCUCAUCCUGACGUUGAUAUCAGAAGUGGUAUGACCAUUAAAGAAAGCAUGAGAGAUGUUUUCGUUGGUGGUGGUGAAUACAUUGUUAAAGACGUGAGGUUCACAGUGACUCAAGCAGUGGAGCCUAUGGAGAAGAGCAUCACAAAGUUCAAUGAGAAACUGCACAAGAUCUCCCAGAACAUGAAGAAACACGACAAGGACAAGAGAAGAGUUAAGGAUGACAGCUGCAUGUCAUCAUCUAGUCGGCGAGUGAUUCGUGGGAUCGAUGAUCCGCUUUUGAAUGGGAGUUUUAGUGACAGCGGAGUUACAAGGACCAAAAAGCACCGGAGAAAAUCAGGGUACACGAGUGCGGAAAGCGGGGGAGAGAGCAGCAGUGAUCAAGCUUAUAGUGGAUUUGAAGUAAGGGGUCGUAGAUGGAUCACAAAAGAUUAAACAUUGGAGAAGAUUCUCACAAACAUCCGAGAGAGACCAGUGUCGGUAGCUCUUAAGUUUGUUCCACAUUUUUCUCCUCGAAGCGCAGGGGUUUUGCAGAAGAGGAUGAUCACCUAGAAGCCGUAAAAUAUUGAAUAUAUUUGUGUACAGAUUUGAAGAUACAUAACAUAAAAGAGCAUGAUGUCUUGUUACAGAAGAAAAAACCUCCAUGUUCGCUUUGUCUUUCUAAGAAAAUGAUGUCAUAAAA